CAUUUAGUAGAUGAGAGAUGUAAUGUUUGUCUCUGUUGUGUUGAAGUCCAAUCAAGCAGGAGAGACCAGCCUCCCCUGUUCCCAGCUGUGUGUCCAUGAAGAGUGACCAGUCUAUGGAUCAAAUUAUAGACUUUAGAGAGGGAGACUUUUCUACUGAACAAAGAAACCAACAGGAGAGAUCAGAGUCAGAGAUUCUCAGUGGUCAGUCUUCCCAGAGUCAUCAAACAGACCUGGCCUCCAUAUUCAGUUUGCUUGAAGAGAAAAUUAUUACAUUUGUGAAGAACGAGCUGAAGAUGUUCAAGAGGAUUCUUAGUCCAGAACUCCCAGAAGGCUUUGAGAGUCAGAAGCAGGAAGUGGUGGAUGCUGAAGAUGAGAAGCAGGAGAGCAGUGCCAGAGAGGGGGCUCUGAAGAUCACACUGCACGUCCUGAGGAAAAUGAACCAGAAGGAGCUUGCUGACACACUGGAGAAAUAUUCAGAUGAGCUUGCUGUGAUUUGCCAACGUGAACUCAAAUCUAAUCUAAAGAAGAAGUUUCAAUGUGUAUUUGAGGGGAUCGCUAAACAAGGAAACCCAACACUUCUCAAUAAGAUCUACACAGAGCUCUACAUCACAGAGGGUGGAACAGGAGAGGUCAAUAAUGAACAUGAGCUGAGACAGAUUGAGACAACAACCAGGAAACAAGCAAGACCAGAGACUCCAAUCAAAUGUAACGACAUCUUCAAACCCUUAGCUGGACAAGACAAAUCUAUCAGAACUGUGUUGACAAAGGGAGUCGCUGGCAUUGGAAAAACAGUCUCUGUGCAGAAGUUCAUUCUGGACUGGGCUGAAGGAAAAGCAAAUCAGGAUGUCCAAUUUGUAUUUUCAUUCCCUUUUCGGGAGCUGAAUUUGGUGAAAGAGGACAAACACACUUUGAUUGAACUUCUCAAUCACUUCUCAAUGGAAACCAAACAAUCAAGAAUCUCCAACUUCGACAAGUACAAAGUUCUGUUCAUCUUUGAUGGCCUGGAUGAGUGCCGACUGCCCCUAGACUUCCAGAAGAACAAGAUCUGUCGUGACGUCACAGAGUCAACCUCCGUGGAUGUUCUGCUGACAAAUCUCAUCAAGGGAAAUCUGCUUCCCUCUGCUCUCCUCUGGAUAACUACCCGACCUGCAGCAGCCAAUAAGAUCCCUUCAGGAUGUGUUGACCAGGUGACAGAGGUACGAGGGUUCAAUGACCCACAGAAGGAGGAGUACUUCAGGAAGAGAUUCAGUGAUGAGGACUUGGCCAGCAGAAUCAUCUCACACAUAAAGACAUCAAGGAGUCUCCACAUCAUGUGCCACAUUCCAGUCUUCUGUUGGAUUUCUGCAAUAGUCCUUGAACACAUGCUGAAACAUAAGAGAGAAGAGAUGCCCAAGACUCUGACUGAGAUGUACACACACCUUGUGGUGUUUCAUACCAAACAGAAGAAUGAAAAGUAUCUUGGGAAAGAAGAGACAGGUCCACACUUGAAUAAUGAGAGCAUUCUGUCACUGGGAAAACUGGCUUUUCAACAGCUUGUGAAUGGCAAUCUGAUUUUCUAUGAAGAAGACCUGAAAGAGGCUGGCAUUGAUGUCAAUGAAGCCUCAGUGUACUCAGGAUUGUGCACACAGCUCUUUAAAGAGGAAUGUGGGCUGUACCAGGACAAGGUGUACUGCUUUGUUCAUCUGAGCAUUCAGGAGUUUCUGGCUGCUGUAUAUGUGCUCCUCUCAUUCAUCAACAACAAUGAGAAUCUAAUUGACAAACUGCAAACAAAAGACGAGCCUGAAGUUACUUUCUACAAGAGUGCUGUGGAUAAAGCCUUACGAAGUGAGACGGGAAACCUGGACCUUUUCCUCCGCUUCCUUCUGGGCCUCUCACUGGAGUCCAAUCAGAAGCACUUACGAGGUCUACUGACAGAGACAAGAAGCAGCUCACAGAGCCAUGAAGAAACAGUCAAGUACAUCAAGAAUAAGAUCAGGGAGAAUCCCUCUCCAGAGAGGAGUAUCAAUCUGUUUCACUGUCUGAAUGAACUGAAUGACCAUUCUCUAGUGGAGGAGAUCCAAAGCUACCUGAGAUCAGGAAGUCUCUCAAAACCCAUCCUGUCACCUGCACAGUGGUCAGCUCUGGUCUUUGUGUUGAUGACUUCAGAAAAGGAGCUGGAUGUGUUUGACCUGAAGAAAUACUCCAGAUCAGAGGAAGGUCUUCUGAGGCUGCUGCCAGUGGUCAAAGCCUCCAGAGCUGUUCUGCUGUCAGGCUGUGGAGUCACAGAGGAAGGCUGUGCUUCUCUGGUCUCAGCUCUGGAGUCAAACCCCUCACACCUGAGAGAGCUGGACCUGAGUAACAAUGACCUGAAGGAUUCAGGAGUGAAGCUGCUCUCUGCUGGACUGGGGAAUCCCCACUGUAAACUGGAGACUCUGAGACUCACUGGCUGUAAACUCACAGACACAUCCUGUAAAGUGUUGGCCUCAGUUCUCAGUUCAAACCCCUCACACCUGAGAGAGCUGGAUCUGAGUAACAAUGACCUGAAGGAUUCAGGAGUGAAGCUGCUCUCUGCUGGACUGGGGAAUCGCCACUGUAAACUGGAGACUCUGAGGCUGUCAGGCUGUCUAGUCACAGAGGAAGGCUGUGCUUCUCUGGUCUCAGCUCUGAGGUCAAACACCUCACACCUGAGAGAGCUGGACCUGAGUAACAAUGACCUGAAGGAUUCAGGAGUGAAGCUGCUCUCUGCUGGACUGGGGAAUCCCCACUGUAAACUGGAGACUCUGAGACUCACUGACUGUAAACUCACAGACACAUCCUGUAAAGUGUUGGCCUCAGUUCUCAGUUCAAACCCCUCACACCUGAGAGAGCUGGAUCUGAGUAACAAUGACCUGAAGGAUUCAGGAGUGAAGCUGCUCUCUGCUGGACUGGGGAAUCCCCACUGUAAACUGGAGACUCUGAGGCUGUCAGGCUGUCUAGUCACAGAGGAAGGCUGUGCUUCUCUGGUCUCAGCUCUGAGGUCAAACACCUCACACCUGAGAGAGCUGGACCUGAGUAACAAUGACCUGAAGGAUUCAGGAGUGAAGCUGCUCUCUGCUGGACUGGGGAAUCCCCACUGUAAACUGGAGACUCUGAGACUCACUGACUGUAAACUCACAGACACAUCCUGUAAAGUGUUGGCCUCAGUUCUCAGUUCAAACCCCUCACACCUGAGAGAGCUGGAUCUGAGUAACAAUGACCUGAAGGAUUCAGGAGUGAAGCUGCUCUCUGCUGGACUGGGGAAUCCCCACUGUAAACUGGAGACUCUGAGGCUGUCAGGCUGUCUAGUCACAGAGGAAGGCUGUGCUUCUCUGGUCUCAGCUCUGAGUUCAAACCCCUCACACCUGAGAGAGCUGGACCUGAGCUACAAUCACCCAGGAGACUCAGGAGUCAGACUGCUCUCUGCUGGACUGGAGGAUCCACACUGCAGACUGGAGAAACUCAAUGUGGAACAUGGUGGAGAGAACAGAAUGAAACCUGGGAUUAGAAAAUAUGUCUGUGAUCUCACACUGGACCUAAACACAGUAAACAGACGCCUCUCUCUGUCUGAGGAGAACAGAAAGGUGACAUGUAGGAGAGAGGAGCAGCCGUAUCCUGAUCACCCAGAGAGAUUUGAGGACUAUGGACAGGUGCUGUGUAGAGAGGGUCUGACUGGGCGCUGUUACUGGGAGGUAGAGUGGAGUGGGAUAAUGGGGACUAUUAUAGGAGUGACAUAUAAAGGAAUCAGCAGGAGAGGAGGGGUUAAGGACUGUUGUCUUGGAUACAAUGACAAGUCCUGGAGUCUGCGCUGCUAUGACAACAGUUACAUUGCCAGGCACAAUAAUAAUCCCACUACCAUAGACGUCCCCCCCUCUAGCUCCCACAGAGUAGGAGUGUAUCUGGACUGGUCAGCCGGCACUCUGUCCUUCUAUAGAGCCUCCUCUGACACACUGACCCACCUGAUCACAUUCACCUCCACAUUCACUGAGCCCCUCUAUCCAGGGUUCUGGGUUUGGUGUGAUGGUGACUCAGUGUCCCUGAAAUAAUAACCUGAUACACACACACACACACACACACACACACACACACACACACUGGACACACACACACACUGGACACACACACACAAUGGACACACACACUGAAACACACACUGAAACACACACUGAAACACACACACACACACACACACACACACACACACACACACACACACACACACACACACACACACACACACACACACACACACACACACACACACACUGGACACACAAACACACACACACUGGACACACACACACACUCACACUGGACACACACAGACACACACACUGGACACACACACACUCACACUGGACACACACACAGACACACUGGACAGAUACACACACACUGGACACACACACACACUGGACACAAACACACUCACUGGACACACACACACACACACUGGACACACACACACACACACACACACACACACACACACACUGGACACACACUGGACACACACACAGGACACACACACUCACACUGGACACACACACACACACUGGACACACAUACACACUGGACACACAUACACACUGGAAACACACACACACUCACACUGGACACACACACACACUCACUGGACACACACACACACUCACACUGGACACACACUGGACACACACACAGGACACACACACUCACACUGGACACACACACACACACACACACACUGGACACACACACACACUCACACUGGACACACACACACUCACUGGACACACACACAGACACACUGGACACACACUCACACUGGACACACACACUCACACUGGACACACACACACACACACUGGACACACACACACUCACACUGGACACACACUCACUGGAAACAGACACACACACACAGUGGACACACGGAAAAUACACACACACACACACAUGCGUGUCUUCCUAUAAUUGUGACAAUAACACUGUUAAAAUACCAAUGUGAUAAUUUGUUGUCUUUUAUGUUGAAUAACAAAUUGUAUAAUUAUAUAAGGACAUACGCUCCAUAGUUGUACAAGUAUACAAGGAUAUAUUGUACUUUUCAUAAUAAAACAUAGUUGAAACAAGAAAA